AUGGCUUCAAGCCAAGAAGAGACCACUCCAAUACCCAGAAUUAAAAAAACAAAAUAUUCUCAGUUGAGUGAUGAGCAAAAGAAAUCUUACAUUCAGAGAAGUGUGGAUAAUAAGAGAAAGCAACAUUGUAAUGAAUCUUCUGGUAAUACUAUUAAUGACAAACGACAACGUAAAGUUGAUCUAUUUUAUGGAUCCCUUCUACUGGACUUUGAGCAUGAAGGAAAUAAAAGAGGGAUUUUAUUUAUUGAUGGGCCAGGAGGAACUGGAAAGACAUUCUUAUAUCGUGCUUUGCUAGCCAAAGUAAGAUCAGAAGGGAUGAUAGAUCUUGCUACAGCAACAUCAGGCAUGGCACCAGUAAUAAUACUUGGAGGCCGAACAAUACAUUUCAUAUUUAAGAUAAAAAUCUCAACAACAAAAUCAUCUAUGUGUAGCAUAUCCAAGCAAGAUGGAACCUCAAAGAUGAUUAAGAUAGCUAAGUUAAUAAUUUGGGAUGAAGCUCCAAUGGCUAAACUUGUUGCAAUUGAAAUAUUAGAUAGAACAUUAAGGGAUAUAAUGGAUCAAGAUGAACCAUUUGGUGGAAAAGUAAUAGUAUUUGGUGGGGAUUUCAGACAAGUUUUACCAGUAGUACCCCGCGCAAUAAGAUCACAAACUAUUAGAGAAAGUUUAGUAAGCUCAUAUUUGUGGAGCAAAAUGGAAAAGUUGAAGCUAUCGAAGAAUAUGAGAGCAAUAACAGAUUCAACAUUUAGCGAAUUCCUUUUAAGAGUUGGAAAUGGAAAUGAACCGACAGUGGCUGAUGACCUAAUAGCAUUGCCCACUUCUAUUUUGAUAAAGAAUCAAAGUGAUGAUUUACCAGAAGAUUGUCUAAUAAAUGCAAUUUUCCCAUCUUUAGAUGAGAACUUCAAAUUCAUUGACUAUAUGAAAGAUCGAGCUAUCCUGGCAACAAAAAAUGAAUAUGUCGACAUGCUAAAUGAUAGAAUCAUAAAACAAUUUCCAGGUGAAGAAAAAUAA